AAGAAAAAAAAUUCUGCAGCCCCUAUUUAUGGUAUUAAUGAAUAGUUAAAAAAGAUUUACACUUCUUAUGAUCAAUAUUCUGAGUUAUUUCCCUCAAAGUAUAUAAUUACAGUGUCUUCAGAGUUUUCAUCAUUGUUUGAGGUGGCAAAACCAUUUGUAAUUUUCAUUAGCCAGUAAACAUGUAAUUAACAUUCAGCACUGUGUUUAACUUAAUUCCUGUUUAAGACAGGGACAAGAAGCAGUCGAAGAGCGUUAGUUCCAUUUGUCAAGUCUGACAUACAUCUUACCAUAACAGUUUCCUAAAAUAAAAGAUCCGUAUUGCCCCCUUAUUCUUCUCUUAAAACAAAACAAAAUGCACACACAUACACACACACACAUACAAACAUACACACACAAAAAAAUCCAUUAGUUAAAACUGUAUUAAACUGCUAGAGGCAGUGUGGUUUAUGAUCAGUUUUUGCUAGUUGCUGUAUUCCUGCUUCCUUAAUUCAUUCUUGGGAGUGCUAAAGGGAGGGGGUGAAUUCAGCAUUCAUUAUGUGAAGGUAUGAAAUGGGGAACCCCUCCCCCCCAAGAAAUAGAUUUCCUCUUCAGGAAAGUUCUAGAACAGCCAUCGGAAAAGGGAGGGAGGCAUUAAGCCACAGGGGAGAGAGAAGGAAAUCAUUCAGGGAGGGGGGACCUGAGUUCAGAGUAGAAGAUGAGAAUUCCAAGAGAUUCCUAGGGAAAAUGUUGACCUCCUUUUUCAAGUCCUAUCUUUGAUCCUGGGUGAAAGAAGACUGUUUGCUAGUCUUGGAGGCUAUUGCUUUUCCCCCCUCCUCUCCCACUUGUGUGUGUGUGUGUGUGUGUGUGUGUGUGUGUGUGUGUGUGUGUGUUUUCCCAACUUGCUUUAGGAUUAGCCUCCAUCCCGCUGGACCCCAAACAGUGGAAUUUGGCUGUGCCUUGGGUCGUCUUGCUCUGCAAUAUCGCCUAGAGUUGUUUCUGCUGAGGCUCUGCCGAUUGCUCUAGCCUGGACUAAACUCAUUAAGUUGGAAGGUUUUUUUUUUUUUUUUCUCUUCAAUUGGACGGGUGUUUUUAAAGUCUUGUCUUUCCAGCCCCAAACAAGGUGUAACAACGCACUCUUCCUUCUAAGGAAUGAGAUGAGAGACAAGAAUCACUCUAGACAUCUCCUACCUACGGUUUGGGUUUUUUUUUUUUUUUCUUAAAGGCGAGGCUUGCAUUCCUCAGCAGCUAUGUUACAAAGCUCCCUGAAAACCUUGUCUCUCUAAAGUUAGUGUGCAGGGGUUUUCAAGGCUGAGAGUGCUUAAUACAUAGCAAAGCACUUCUCAGAGGUGGACGCUUUUUUCCCCCACACCUUUCCUCUUUUUCCCUACAGGCUAGUGCCUACUUUUCUUUCCUUUCCUUUCCUUUUUCUUUUUUGUUAUUUUUAAACUCAGUUUGCACAAUCGCUUAGAUAAACACCGAGGAAGAGAUUCUCUUUAAUUAUCAAAGUCACAUCUUUUUCUGGGGGCCAACAAAGCGUUUUAUUCCACCCACCCCGGCCAAACUAAAGGAGAGUUAUUCCAGUUUAAAAGGAAGAUGCAAGCGGUUUGGGACCUUGAACAAGGCAAAUAUGGUUUUGCGGUGCAGAGGGGCAGGAUGCCACCCACCCAGCCGACCCACGGGCAGUUCGCGCUGACCAACGGGGACCCCCUCAACUGCCACUCGUACCUGUCCGGAUAUAUUUCCCUGCUGCUUCGAGCCGAGCCCUACCCCACGUCCCGCUUCGGCAGCCAAUGCAUGCAACCCAACAACAUCAUGGGCAUCGAGAACAUUUGCGAACUGGCCGCAAGGAUGCUGUUCAGCGCCGUCGAGUGGGCCCGGAACAUCCCUUUCUUCCCUGACCUGCAGAUCACGGACCAGGUGGCCCUGCUUCGCCUCACCUGGAGCGAGCUGUUCGUGUUGAAUGCGGCCCAAUGCUCCAUGCCCCUCCAUGUCGCCCCGCUCCUGGCCGCUGCUGGCCUGCAUGCUUCGCCCAUGUCAGCCGACCGAGUGGUCGCCUUUAUGGACCACAUACGUAUCUUCCAAGAGCAAGUGGAGAAGCUCAAGGCGCUGCACGUCGACUCGGCUGAGUACAGCUGCCUCAAGGCUAUAGUCCUCUUCACCUCAGAUGCCUGUGGUCUGUCUGAUGUAGCCCACGUGGAAAGCUUGCAGGAAAAGUCCCAGUGUGCUUUGGAAGAAUACGUUAGGAGCCAGUACCCCAACCAGCCAACGCGAUUCGGGAAGCUUUUGCUUCGCCUCCCUUCCCUUCGCACGGUCUCUUCCUCAGUCAUAGAGCAAUUGUUUUUCGUCCGUUUGGUAGGUAAAACCCCCAUCGAAACCCUCAUCCGGGAUAUGUUACUUUCCGGCAGCAGUUUUAACUGGCCAUAUAUGGCAAUUCAAUAAAUAAAUAAAAUAAGAAGGGAGAGUGAAACACACAGAAAGAAAAGGCAAAAGACUGAUUUUGUUUGCUUAAUUCCCUUCUGUUCAGAAAGGAUAUAAAAGGAUGUUACAAGUUUGCUUAAAAAAAAGAAGAGAGGGGAAGAAAUUAAUGGACUGUGAAUUUCAAAAAAAAAAGACUGUCAUGAACUUUUACAGAAUGCAUUAAAAAAAAACUCUUGUGUUGGUCAGAACAACUUGCUACUUAUCAUUUUUGUAUAAAAAAGAAAUUAGUCUUUUUUUUUCUUUUUUGGUAAUUUUUUUUGAAAACUAUUGCUAAAAGUGCAUUUAAGGAAAUUGGGAGAAAAUUAGCAGAAUGGAGAAAGUAAGUCUUUUUUUUUUUCCAAAUGAUUAAUUGUCCUGUGUCUAUGUAUCUCUAGCUGUUUUUUUUUAAUUUUUUUUGUACUUUUCUGGUUCCAAACCAGUUUAUUCUGUGGUUCUAUAAUAAGUUUUGAUAUAAUCUUGGCUUCUUAAAAAAAAACUGUGUAUCAUUAAAAUAUAUGUUCUGCAAGAAUUAAAACUGAGUUCAUGAAAAAAAAAAUCAUAGGAAGACAUAAAACGUUUAAAAGAAAACUCAGAGAGGCUGGAAAUGCACUUACAAGAGGUGACCAAAAAAUUGUAGGUGAAAUUAAGCACUCUAAUAAUUAGGAAACUGGAGGAACCACUUACCACAUUUAACUUUCCCCUAUCCUGCCCGCCUGCUCUAUACACCAUGAUAAACCUAGCUUUUUAAAAAGAAAGAGAAUGAACUGUGGAAUUAUUGGUAGACCAGGUGUCCUGGACACAGGCUGAGGUUUUUGAAUUUAAAAAAAAAAAGUGAACUUUUGUAAUUUGAAUUGGGUCUCCCCCUCCCUUAGUUCUUGAAUUGUUAUGAAAAUCCUAUAAUCUGUUUGUAUAUUUGCAAGCCCUUUGUAUUAUAAUUGUUGAUAUUUUUCCCUUUUUAAAAAAAUACCAUUGAAAUCAGCAUGACAAAAUAACACUGUUGGCACUUAUAGGUAACGUGACUGAGUAUCUUAGAGUUUACAGUUUGUGUUUUUGAAAAAAAAAAACUGAAGGUUUUUUUUUAAGUGCAACAUUUCUGUAUACUGUAAAAGUUAUAAUAACUGAACUGUUUGGUCGAGUCUUUGUGUGUUAUAUUCCAAGGAAAAUUGAAAGUAUUCAGAAAUUAAAAUAUUAUUUUGAUAUCUGAAACCUGUUUGGCUGUCCACACUCACUGAUUUUCUGUGGAGAAGAGUCCUCAGUGAGCUCUCACUGAGCCAGGCCCUGGGAGGGGGGGGCUCCGUUUGUUUACACCCCUCAAAAAGGUAGACUAGUGUAUUUGCCUGUUUAAUUUGGGUGUGUGUAGGGGGGGGGGAGGAAGCUAAAGUUAAUGGUUUAUCUAUGGUUUAGAAAGUGCCACACUGAUAUAGAAAGCCGCCCCCAUUCACCUAAUCCUCCUUUUAAUUAAAAAUGGAUUUUCCAGGAGAAA